UUUCGGUUCUACCCGACAGAAGAAGAGUGGUUUCAUUUUAUCUUCAUCACAAGCUAGAAAUGGAGAGGAAGGAUCUGAACCGUCUUAUGGACCGGGUUAUACCCAUUGUCGACAUUUAUGAGUCCAAUCCUUUCGAUCUUCCACAAUUACCAGUUUACCUGUGCCAUAAGGACCCCGAGCAAUGGUUCUUCUUCAUUCCGAGGCAAGAGAGUGAGGCUCGGGGAGGAAGGCCGAAGCGGCUAACGACGACUGGGUACUGGAAAUCAACUGGAUCUCUUACGUGUGUUUAUUCGUCGGACAAUCGACCUAUCGACGUUAAAAGAACCAUGGUUUUCUACAACGGAAGAGCUCCCAACGGUAGAAAAACCGAGUGUAAAAUGAAUGAAUACAAAGCUAUUGAAGAAGCAGCUUCGCCUAAUGCUUCCACUCCAACUUUAAGGCAUGAAUUCAACUUGUGCCGGGUAUACAAGAAAUCAAAAUGAUUGCGGUCAUUCGACAGGAGG